UAUUUUUACGUCCGGCAACAUUUGCACUAAAUUGACACCCGAACGGUGAGGUAGGCUCUUUUUCUGUUUUCAGUCCUUAUUUAUCGUGAAAAUUACGCGAAUUUCUGGAUAAUUGCUGCCGAUUACUCUACUUUAAUGCCUAAAUUUUACUGAGGGCAGCGUAUAGCAGAGGGCUGUAUUGGCGCACUGUGAACAACAGCGAUGGUAAUGGAGGCGUCCCCGUCACCGCAGAGCGUCGGUCGCGAGUUUGUGCGGCAGUACUACACGCUACUCAACAAGGCGCCGGCCCACCUGCACAGAUUCUACAAUAACUACUCGUCGUUCGUGCACGGCGGGCUGGACGCGCCCAACCGCGAGACCCUGCCCGUGGUCGGACAGAAGCAGAUCCACAACCGCAUUCAGCAGCUCAACUUCCGCGACUGCCAUGCCAAGAUCAGCCAGGUGGACGCGCAAGCCACGCUGGGCAACGGCGUGGUGGUGCAGGUGACGGGCGAGCUGUCUAACGGCGGCGCCCCCAUGCGCCGCUUCACGCAGACCUUCGUGCUGGCCGCGCAGUCGCCCAAGAAGUACUACGUGCACAACGACAUCUUCCGCUACCAGGACAUAGUGUUCUCGGACGAGGAGGGCUCGGGCUCGGGCCGCUCGGAGGGCGAGGAGGAGGAGGCGGGGGGCGUGGUGGCGGCACCCGCCUACUUCCCAGUGGCGCCGCCCGCCUCCGCCUUCCCUGCCGCCGCCUUCCCCGCGCCGCCCGCGCCUCCCGCGCCCGCGCCGCACCUCAACGGCCACCCGCCGCCGCGCGACCAUCUCGUCGCCGCGCUGCAAGCUAGCGGCAUAUCGAGCGAGCCGGAGGCCGAGCCGGUGACGCCGGCGCCUGCGUCCGAGCCGGUGCCCGAGCCCGAACCUGAGCGCGAGCCCACGCCGCCGCCGAACCCACCGGCGGCGCCUGAGCCGAAGACGUACGCCAACUUGCUGAAGUCGGGCCCGGCGGCCGCCGCCCGCGUGUCGCCGCCCGCGCCCGCGCCGCCCGCCGACCCGCGCCCGCGCCCGCCGCCCGUCGGUACGAAUCGGUCACCUAACGCUGCGGUGUGUGCAGCGGCGGAGGGCCCGCGGCGCUACUCGGACGCGCAGCAGCUGUUCCUGGGCAACCUGCCGCACUGCGCCACGGAGGAGGAGCUGCGGGCGCUGUUCGCGCGCUUCGGGCCCGUGGCCGAGCUGCGCGUGCACUCCAAGCCCGCCGCGCCCGGCGCCCCGCGCCACCCCAACUACGGCUUCAUCACCUACGAGACCUCGCAGGCCGCGCACGACUGCCUCAACGCCGCGCCGCUGUACUUCCCGGCGGACGCGGCGGACGGCGUGAAGCUGAACGUGGAGGAGAAGAAGACGCGCGGGCGCGAGGCGGCGCGGCGCCGGCCGCAGUCGCAGCACCGCGCCUUCGCGCCGCGCCAGCCCUACCGCCGCUAGCGCCCACACUCUAGAUAGUCAAUUAAUCGCCCCGAGCGUGGCUAGAACCCCGCGCGACACCUAUUUUUGUACAUUUGAUUUGUUCCGCGUCCCCCCGAUAUUUGCAUUCUGUGAUUUCACAGCCUACGUAGCUAGUCCGUGGGAUCUUCGCUUUGAUUCGACGAAAUUAGGUCAUCGUCCUCGCACAGAUCGCGUCGCCGACGAGCCGGCGGACCUCGCCGACCGUCGCGUCCCUCUUCAUCUAUGUAAGAUACGCUAAGCUUCUAUGAUAUGUUUCGUUUUAAUUCGAUAUUGAAUGUGAAUUUAAGUUAUUGAACUUGUCGCGAGGCCGCCCGGCACUCGCGACGCUGCACUUAUGCGCUCGUGUCAACAUGCAUAAUUCUAACGUCAACAUUUGUUCCCUCUCCGGCCGCCGGCCGAGCGCGGCCCGCUGGGGCCCGGGACCCGAGCCUGGGGCCCGGGGCCGGGGCCCGGCGGGCGGCUCGGUCGAGUUCGGUAAUGUUAGUGAGUAGCGGCGCGUCCGACUCGCGUCUGGGCGCGACACCGAACGAUAAAUAGAAAAAAAUACAUAUGAGUGUAAAUAGUUGUUAGGUUUUAUGUUAGACGGUGCCGCGCCGGCACCCGCCGCGUCGCCGACUUUACGAAAUAAUAAAUUCUAGACUAGCUCCAAAAAUCUUUCCAGAACUAUAAAUAACGUAUUUUGUAUUUAAAAUAAAAUGUAUGUUAUUGUAUCGAUUCGCUAAAACGAUAUUGAUGCAGAUGUUCUUAUGCAUUUACUUAGGUCUGUAUUGAAGUAAUUAUGUGACGGAUGUUGGGCGCAGUAGAGCUCGCAGCGGCCCAGGUCGCCGCCACGUGCCGCACCGCAUCGCCCAUGCCUACACUACUGUGUACCAACAUCGAUAACGAUUUGAAACUGUAUUAUAUUCUAAUAUUAUUAAUAUUAGUUAAAAAAGAAAACUAAAAAAAAAUGGCAGUGACUGUAUUUUUUAUUUAGUUUUUCAUCGAUUUUUUUUAACUGUACUACUAAUAUGUCGUAAGUACAUUGUUUUUCUAUUGAGUUGUGAAGUAUGUGGUGUUGCCACAUACUGGACAAAAUUUCGUGUACUUAUUUAUUGUAAAUAAUAUUCGAGAGUCUCUUUACACUGUAGAAGGACGGACAUCGCGUUUGUACCGCGUCGAGCGCGGGCGGCUUGCGCCGGUGACGCCGACACACACACACACACACACACACACACACACACACGCGGCUUGUGGACUCUCCCAGGUCGGCUACUACAGUUUGGUAAAUUCGUUAUUGACACUCCCACAUCCUUGUACACUCCGGGGGUGAUUACAUUAGCGCGGGACGUGGCAUCUGAUGGAAUCGUAGUUGUAAGGAAUGAAUUCAAAUUAAAAUUUCCGCAAAUUCAAUAUUUGAUUAUGGUAUUGAACUUUUUUUGCUUAUUUUAUUAUAAUAUUUUUCGUCAUCAACAUCAUAUCCCUAAUGGAUAUAUUUUUGACGGCACUGAGAACAAUACUGUGCCCUUACUAUUUACGGUAACGUCCACUGCAUAACCGCGUAGACUUUGGGAGCGUUAUUAACGAAUUGCCAACAUGAUAAUGUCUUCAAUGAUAUGUCGGCUCGUACGGCCAACGUGUUCCUUACUAUUUCUGUGAGGUCGAUCGUCAUUGUCGGAACGCCGCCGGCUCCAUCCAUAGUACAGAUGUCAGCUACAAUAAUUUAUUUAUAUUUAAUGUAAACCAAUAGUAAUAUCAUCGUUUGUUAACCGUGCUUUGCACUUUGUAAGCCAGCGAAGAGGCGUGAUUCAGCGGUGACUUUUAAAGUUCCUUAUUUAUAUUAAACCCAUUCGCUCAUUUACCUAUUUUUGCAGAAUAUGGUCCUUUUUUGUUAAACUUCACUUUCUUUUGCUUCGAUACAAAGAAAUGAAAGUUAGAAAGUUAGACAGAAUAUAUGAUGGGCAUGGCUUUAUUAUGAAUAAGACGGCAAAUGCAUGAUUUGAACACGAUUGUGCUGCCUUACAAGGUGUGCGGCUGUCACUGCCACCCGCGUGCAGGGCGGACACACCCUGGCAGCGCCUGCACGAGCCGCUAGUUGUACACCGAUGUCGGUCCGCGAGUGGGCAGGCCCGCUCCUAUCUUACUCUACGUCACACAUUUGCUUGUAAACGUUGCCUUCACACUUCAUUACGCGAGCCCUAAAUCUAACACCUUUUGCCCUAUGGAACAGCGUUUACAAGUGAAAUGAUGCGCAAAUCUGUAAACAAAAUUUAGAUCCUACAAUCAUGGAACUACCAUUAUUCGAAGGUACCUUUCGAGUAGAUCCGUAGCGCUCAUAGUCAGUGCUACAUUACCAUGACAAAUGUUCUGCACAUUAGCCGAUGCGUCACCGACGACGAAGCUUGGCACAGAGCGUUGUAACUCUGACUGAACUCCCUAGGGCACCUAGUAGUCGUACGCAUGUAAUGGGGUCUAAAGUUUGUGCGGUACAGUGUUGUUCAGUAACUAUGUAUGAAGCGCGGCGGCAGCAGGCGGCGCGGGCGCUCGCCCCUCGCCGCGCCGCUCGCGCUGCCCUCUCUAAUAGAGAUGUACUUUUUGUAACA